AAUCUGCUGCUUUUUUUCCAGCUGACGUGGAGAUGCCUGCUCCGGAGGAAUCCUGCUUCAGCUGACCUCCUUUUGAAAGACCCUGGGUCUGUGGCUCUGUCCAGUUCAAGAUGGCAGAGAAGGCUCCACCUGGCUUGAACAGGAAGACGUCCAGGUCGACACUCUCUCUUCCUCCUGAACCUGUGGACAUUAUCCGAAGCAAAACAUGCUCUCGGAGAGUUAAGAUCAACGUGGGGGGCCUUAACCAUGAAGUCCUAUGGAGAACUCUGGAUAGACUACCCAGGACACGCCUGGGGAAGCUUCGAGACUGUAACACGCACGAGAGUCUCCUGGAGGUGUGCGAUGACUACAAUCUUAGCGAGAAUGAAUAUUUCUUCGACAGGCAUCCUGGAGCCUUCACAUCGAUCCUGAACUUCUACCGGACAGGGAAGCUCCACAUGAUGGAAGAAAUGUGUGCGCUCUCCUUUGGCCAAGAAUUAGAUUACUGGGGCAUCGAUGAGAUCUACCUAGAAUCCUGCUGCCAAGCCAGAUACCAUCAGAAGAAAGAGCAGAUGAACGAAGAGCUGAGGCGGGAGGCAGAGACCAUGCGCGAGCGCGAGGGGGAGGAGUUUGACAAUACCUGCUGCCCUGAGAAAAGGAAGAAACUUUGGGACUUGCUGGAAAAACCUAACUCGUCGGUGGCUGCAAAGAUCUUGGCCAUCGUGUCUAUCCUGUUCAUCAUACUUUCCACCAUCGCUCUGUCCCUCAACACCCUUCCGGAGCUGCAGGAAAAUGAUGAGUUUGAUCAACCCAGUGACAACCGCAAGUUGGCGCAUGUCGAGGCUGUGUGCAUCGCUUGGUUCACCAUGGAGUACCUCUUAAGAUUCCUGUCCUCGCCGAACAAAUGGAAAUUCUUUAAAGGCCCACUGAACGUCAUUGACCUGCUGGCCAUCUUGCCAUACUAUGUCACCAUCUUCCUCACCGAGUCCAACAAAAGUGUGCUGCAGUUCCAGAACGUGAGGCGUGUGGUCCAGAUCUUCCGAAUCAUGCGCAUCCUCAGGAUCCUGAAGCUCGCCAGGCACUCAACGGGCCUGCAGUCCCUGGGCUUCACCCUCAGGCGGAGUUACAAUGAGUUGGGCUUACUAAUAUUAUUUCUGGCCAUGGGGAUAAUGAUAUUUUCAAGCUUGGUAUUUUUCGCUGAGAAAGAUGAAGACGCUACCAAAUUCACCAGUAUUCCUGCAUCAUUUUGGUGGGCCACCAUCACCAUGACCACCGUGGGCUAUGGUGACAUUUACCCUAAAACACUGUUAGGGAAAAUUGUGGGUGGCCUCUGCUGUAUUGCAGGAGUCCUGGUCAUCGCUCUUCCCAUACCCAUUAUUGUGAACAAUUUCUCUGAGUUCUAUAAGGAGCAAAAACGCCAGGAGAAAGCUAUUAAAAGGAGGGAGGCUCUUGAAAGAGCCAAAAGAAAUGGGAGCAUAGUGUCUAUGAACUUAAAAGAUGCCUUUGCUAGGAGUAUGGAACUGAUAGACGUGGCUGUGGACAAGGCUGGAGAGUCCGCCAAUACCAAGGACUCGGUGGAUGAUAAUCACCUGUCUCCAAGCCGCUGGAAGUGGGCCAGGAAGGCUCUGUCGGAAACGAGCUCCAACAAGUCUUACGAAAAUAAGUACCAGGAGGUUAGCCAAAAAGACUCCCACGAACAGCUGAACAACACGUCUUCCUCCAGCCCACAGCAUCUCAGUGCCCAGAAGCUGGAAAUGCUAUACAAUGAAAUCACCAAGACACAGCCUCAUUCCCACCCGAUCCCGGACUGUCAAGAACAGCCCGAGAGGCCAUCUGCGUAUGAGGAGGAGAUAGAAAUGGAAGAGGUGGUCUGCCCACAGGAGCAGCUGGCCGUGGCACAGACCGAGGUCAUUGUGGACAUGAAGAGCACCUCCAGCAUUGACAGCUUCACCAGCUGCGCCACUGACUUCACGGAGACUGAGAGGUCACCCCUGCCGCCACCUUCUGCCUCUCAUUUGCAGAUGAGGUUCCCCACUGACCUCCCAGGAACAGAAGAGCACCAAAGAGCCAGGGCACCUCCAUUUCUAACACUAAGCAGAGAUAAGGGGUCUGCUGCCAGGGAGGCUGCGCUGGAUUGUGUCCCAAUUGACAUAACUGUGAACCUCGAUGCUGGGGCUUCCCAUGGUCCUUUGCAACCUGACAGCGCCACCGACAGCCCUAAGAGCUCGCUGAAAGGGAGCAACCCCCUCAAGUCCAGAUCCCUCAAAGUAAACUUUCAGGAAAACAGAGGCAGUGCACCCCAGACCCCACCCAGCACAGCCAGGCCACUGCCAGUAACUACAGCUGACUUUCCGCUUACCACCCCACAGCACAUGAGUACCAUCCUUCUAGAAGAAGCCCUCCCCAAGGGAGAGAGACCCUUGCUGGGCGCUGAUGUUUCAGCACAUUGUCAGGCACCAUCCAAAGGGCUAUCGCCCCGGUUUCCCAAACAGAAACUGUUUCCUUUCUCUUCUAGAGAAAGAAGGAGCUUCACCGAAAUAGACACUGGAGAAGACGAAGACUUCUUGGCCCUCCAAAGGUCAAGACCAGACAAGCCAACCGACUCCAGCCCCAACUGCUUAGCGGAGAAGCCUGGCGAAGCCAGAGACCCUUUAAGAGAAGAGGGCUGUGUGGGCUCCUCCUCCCCCCAGAACACGGACCACAACUGUAGGCAAGACAUUUACCAGGCUGUGGGUGACGUCAAAAAGGACAGUAGUCAAGAAGGGUACAAGAUGGAGAACCACUUGUUUGCCCCAGAAAUUCAUUCCAACCCAGGCGACACAAGCUGCUGUCCCACUCGAGAAACCAGCAUGUGACUAGUUAUAAAAGCAAAAAA